GGAGCGGAGCGAGCAGGUACCGAGGGGGGGAGCGGUGGCAACGGGAACAGCGACCGGGGGCUGGCGGGGAGGGGGGCGCGGCUGCGGGAAGAGCCGCGGGGCCGGGGCUCAGGCUGCCGCCCGCCCCGGCCAUGGCGCUGCCCCGGGGCUUCAGCCUCAUCCUGCUCCUGCUGCCGCUGCUGGGGGGGCCCGGAGCCGCCAUCACCAUCCCCCAGGAGUACGGGCAGCACGACUUCCUGCAGCCCCCGGAGCUGACGGAGCAGCCCCCGGAGCAGCUCGUUGUGUUCCCCAGCGAUGAUGUGGUGCUCAAGUGCGCGGCCACCGGCAACCCCCCGGUCCAGUACCGCUGGACGCGGGAGGACGAACCCUUCGUGCCCGAGGAGCACCCCGGGGUGUCGCUGGCGCCGGGCUCCGGGACGCUGCUCAUCAACGCCAGCCUGGCCGGGCGCCUGCAGGGCCGGUACCGCUGCGCCGCCAGCAACGCGCUGGGCACGGCGCUGUCCACCGAGAGCCGCGUCAUUGCUGAGAACACGCCACAGUGGCCCAAGGAGAAGGUGCUGCCAGUGGAGGUGGAGGAGGGGGACCCCGUGGUGCUGCCCUGUGACCCCCCCAAGAGCGCUGUGCCCCCCAAGAUCUACUGGCUCAACAGCCGCAUCGUGCACAUCGCGCAGGACGCGCGGGUCAGCAUGGGCCAGGACGGGUUCCUGUACUUCGCCAACGCGCUCGUGGGGGACAGUCACCCCGACUACAUCUGCCACGCGCACUACCUGGGCCCCCGCACCAUCAUCCAGAAGGAGCCCCUCGACCUCCGCGUCGCCCCCAGUAACAUGGUGCAGUUCCGCCGCCCCCGGCUUGUGGUGCCGCGGGACCCGCAGCCGUCCCACAUCGCCCUGCGGGGGGGGACGCUGGUGCUGGAGUGCAUUGCGGAGGGGCUCCCCACGCCCUCGGUGCGGUGGCAGCGGCUGAACGGGCCCCUCCCGCUGGGCCGGGUCUCGCUGGAGAACUUCAACAAGACCCUGCGGCUGCGGGACGUGGAGGAGGCGGACGACGGCGAGUACGAGUGCGUGGCCGAGAACAGCCAGGGCCAGGCGCGGCGCAGCCACCUCGUCACCGUGGAGGCGGCCCCGUACUGGGUGCGGCGGCCGCAGAGCGGCGUGUUCGGGCCGGGGGAGGCGGCGCGGUUGGACUGCGCCGUUCAGGGCAAGCCCCGGCCCCUCCUCUCCUGGCGCAUCAACGGCGUCCCCAUUGACGAGGUGCCGGGCUCUGCUCGCCGCGUGGUGCGGGAGGGGGCGCUGGUGCUGUCGCGACUGGAGCCCAACGACACGAUGGUGGCCCAGUGCGAGGCCCACAACAGCCACGGCCGCCUCUUGGCCAACGCCUUUGUCUACGUCGUGGAGCUGCCGGUGAAGAUCCUGACAGCGGAUGAGACCCCAUACGCGGUGGUGGAGAACCGGACUGUGUUCCUGCACUGCCGAACCUUCGGGGCCCCUGCACCCACCGUGGAGUGGCUGACACCAGGGCUGGAGCCAGCGCUGCAGGAUGACCGGGCCUUUGUGUUCACCAAUGGGACCCUGCGCCUGGGCCCGGUGCUGCUGGGGGAUGCCGGUACCUUCACCUGCAGGGCCCACAAUGCCCACAGCAACGACAGUGUCAGCGCCCACCUCGAUGUUAGAGUGGCGACACGCAUCGAGGUCCCCCCCCAGAGCGUGACGGCAAAGAAGGGGCAGACGGUGACGUUCCGGUGCGGUGCCAGCUUCGACCCGGGGCUGUCACCGCGGGGGCUCACGUGGUACCGGGAUGGGCAGCGCCUCCAGGACACAGCCGAUAGCGACAAGUACGUGCUGAGUGGGGACACGCUGACAGUGACCACGGUGGAUUACGUGGACCAGGGCACAUUCCGGUGCCGCGCCUGGACCCAGCUGGAUGCGGUUGAGGCCGAGGCACAGCUCCGGGUUGUGGGCCGGCCGGGCCCCGUGCGGGACCUGCAGGUACUGGAGGUUGAUGAGCGCCAGGUCCGGCUGAGCUGGACCCCGGGGGAUGACAACAACAGCCCCAUAGAGAAGUUCGUGGUGGAGGAGAAGGAGGAGCUGUUCGGUGCCCGGCGCUUCGCGGAGCGAGUGACGGUGCCGGGGGGGCAGCCCUGGGCCCAGCUCACGCUCUCCCCCUAUGGCCAGUACCGCUUCCGUGUGCUGGCUGCCAAUGCCUACGGGCGGGGGGAGCCCAGUGCCCCCAGUGAGCCCAUCACCACCCCCCCCGCGGCCCCUGAGCGCAACCCCGGGGGGGUGAAAGGUGAAGGGAAUGAGACCAGCAACAUGAUCAUCACUUGGCAGCCGCUGGCGCCGGGGGACUGGAACGCGGCGGAGGUGCGGUACCGGGUGCAGUGGCGGCCCCGGGAGCCGGAGCGGGGCCGGUGGCACGAGGAGACGGUGCCGGGCCCCCCCGUGGUGGUCGCGGGCACCCCCACGUUCAGCCCCUACGAGAUCCGGGUGCAGGCGCUCAACGACUUCGGGAAGGGCCCCGAGCCCGCCGUUACCAUCGGCUACUCGGGGGAGGACCUGCCGUUGGUGUACCCCGAAAACGUGGGGGUCGAGAUCCUGAACAGCACCAGCGUGAGGGUGCGCUGGACCCUGCCGGGCCCCCUCCACGACCUGCGCGGCCACCUCCGCGGCUUCCGGGUGCUGUACUGGCACGAGGGCUGGGUGGGGGAGCGCGCUCGGCGCCAGGCCCCCCCCGCGCCCCCCGGAGCCGCCUCCCCCCCGCCGCGGGUGCUGGCGGUGCCCGGUGAGGCCCGCGGGGUGGUGCUGGGGGGGCUGCGGCCCUGGAGCCGGUACCGGCUGCGGGUCCUGGUGUUCAACGGCCGCGGUGACGGCCCCCCCAGCGACGAGAUCCACUUCGACACCCCCGAGGGCGUGCCGGGCCCCCCCGAGGAGCUGCACGUGGAGCGCCUCAACGAGACCACCCUCGCCCUGGAGUGGAAGCGGCCGCGGCACCCGAACGGCGUCUUAACGGGGUUCCGGCUGCAGUACCGGCCCGAGAACCACUCCGAGGAGGAGCCGCCGGAGGAGCUCUCGUUCCCCGCCGGGACCCUCAACGCGACCCUGGGGCGGCUCCAGCCCCACGCCCGGUACCGCCUGGCCCUGCGCGCCCUGAGCCGGGUCGGGCCCGGCCCCCCCGUGCUGCGCAUCGGCAGCCUCCGCCCCGAGCCCGUGCUGCCGGUGCUGGGGAGCGUGGUGGUGGGAGAGGUGGGCGAGGACUUCACGGUGCUGCACUGGACCCUCGCCCACCCCCAGGCUGACAUCGAGUUCAAGGUCCAGUACAUGAGCAAAACCACGGAGGGGUCCUGGCACGACUCCGGCUCCGUCAACUCCUCGCUGGGUCUGUUCCGGCUGCGGGACCUGAGCCCGGGCACCUCCUACCGGGUGCAGUUCGUGGGGCGGAACCACUCGGGGCACCACAUCCCCUUCUGGGAGAGCGAGGUGCAGACCAACGGCACCCUGCUGCCCCGUCCCGCGAGCGGCUUCGCCACCGAGGGCUGGUUCAUCGGCUUCGUGAGCGCCGUGGUGCUGCUGCUGCUGCUGCUCCUCAUCCUCUGCUUCAUCAAGCGCAGCAAGGGGGGCAAGUAUUCGGUGAAGGACAAGGAGGACACGCAGGCAGACUCGGAGGCCCGGCCCAUGAAGGAUGAGACCUUUGGGGAGUACAGGUCCUUGGAGAGUGACGGCGAGGAGAAGGCGUCGCAGAGCUCGGGGCGGUCGCUGGGCGCGGCGGGCGCGGCGCUGGGCAGCGAUGACAGCCUGGCGGGCUACGGCGGCAGCGCGGACGUGCAGUUCAACGAGGACGGCUCCUUCAUCGGGCAGUACAGCGGCACCCGCGGCUCCGGGCCCGCCAGCCCCGGCGCCACCGCGCCCCUCGACUAGGGGGGA